CGUCGCAAGUCGCAACGCGGACACGUUCGGCAGGCUCCCCGGGUUUCAAACGCCGCAAAAUUUGCCCGCCACGGCAAAUAAAACCCCAGCAGCAGCAAGCACCCAAGUCAAAACCCUAUUCUCUCUUGCAUCCGUCUCUUUCUUGAAAUAUUGCCCCAAUUGGGGCAAUCUCCGCAUAAUCCCAGCAAUUCUAAACCUAGCUUCCACUGUUCCAUUCUCAAUUUCUCGAGCUCUGGAAAUCUCUGGCCCUAACGGCUCAUUUAUCUUACUUACAGAAAAAAAACAGCUCAUUUAUAGGGCUUCCCCGUCACGGCUAAAAUGUCGUGGGAAAACGAGAUUGUAUUGCGGGAUGUGACCAACGCCGGCAUCGUCGUCAGUGACCGGAUUGCCCGGGACGUGGCGGCCCAGCUCGACCUCGAAGAGGCUUUGGAAGCUUCCAGAUACGCCAGUCAUCCCUACUCAACUCAUCCCAGAGAGUGGCCCCCUUUGGUUGAAGUGGUGGAUACCUGGGAGCUCCCUCCUAUACUAAUUGACAGAUAUAAUGCAGCGGGAGGGGAAGGAACUGCUUUAUGUGGAAUCUUUCCAGAGAUUCGCAGAGCUUGGGCAACAGUGGAUAACACAUUGUUUCUAUGGCGAUUUGAUAAGUGGGAUGGUCAAUGCCCUGAAUAUAGCGGGGAGGAACAAGUUAUUUGUGCUGUUGGCCUGGCCAAAGCUAAGCCUGGUAUUUUUGUUGAAGCUAUUCAGUAUCUUUUAGUCUUAGCAACUCCUGUCGAGUUGAUCCUUCUAGGAGUAUGCUACUCUGGAAGGAGUGAUGGAACCGAUCCAUAUGCAGAGGUUUCAUUACAGCCUUUGCCAGAGUAUACAGCUCCGUCUGAUGGAGUCACGAUGACAUGUAUUGCUUGUACGGAUAAAGGUCAUAUAUUCUUGGCGGGCCGGGAUGGCCACAUUUAUGAAUUGCAGUAUACAACCGGUUCAGGUUGGCACAAACGUUGUCGUAAAGUUUGCCUGACUGCGGGUUUGGGAAGUGUCAUUUCAAGGUGGAUUGUACCAAAUGUAUUCAAGUUUGGAGCUGUUGAUCCCAUUGUUGAAAUGGUUAUUGAUAAUGAGAGACACAUUUUGUAUGCACGCACUGAAGAUAUGAAGAUUCAAGUUUUUGUUCUUGGACCAUAUGGAGAGGGCCCACUCAAGAAGGUUGCAGAAGAGAAAAAUUUGAUCAGUCAGAGGGAUGCACAUUAUGGAGGUAGACAGUCAGCUGGCUCAAGGGCACCUCCUCGAUCAGCAAAAACAUCUAUAGUUUGCAUUUCACCCUUGUCAACUCUUGAGUCAAAGUGGAUGCAUCUUGUUGCUGUUUUAUCAGAUGGUAGAAGGUUGUACCUAUCCACUGCUUCAUCCAGUGGAAGCAGCGUUGGAGGUUUGAAUGGAUUUAAUACUAAUGUUCAGAAGCCUAGCUGCUUAAAAGUGGUAACAACCAGGCCUUCUCCUCCUUUGGGCAUUGGUGGUACUUUUGGUGCCAUACCUGUUGCUGGUCGACCUCAGAAUGAAGAUCUGUCAUUGAAGAUAGAAUCAGCAUGCUACUCUGCUGGAACUCUUGUUCUUUCUGAUUCAUCUCCGUCAACAGCAUCUUCCCUUUUGAUGGUGAACAGGGAUUCAAGCACACAAUCAUCUUCAACCGCUAAUAUUGGGGCUGGUGUGAGGAGUUCUCGGGCAUUACGGGAGUCUGUAUCUUCUCUACCUAUUGAAGGCCGAAUGCUUUUUGUAGCUGAUGUUUUACCCCUGCCAGAUGCAGCAGCCACUGUGCAGUCACUAUACUCACAAUUGGAAUUCUUUGGGCUUGAUAACUCAGGAGAAUCUUGUGAGAAGGCAUCUGGAAAACUUUGGGCUAGGAGUGAUCUUUCAACACAACACAUACUACCAAGGAGAAGAAUUGUCAUAUUCAGUACUAUGGGCAUGAUGGAAGUUGUUUUCAAUAGGCCAGUUGACAUCUUGAGGAGGUUGUUGGAAUCCAACUCUCCAAGAUCAAUUUUGGAGGAUUUUUUCAAUCGCUUUGGACCUGGAGAAGCAGCAGCCAUGUGUUUAAUGCUGGCUGCAAGAAUAGUCCAUACCGAAAAUCUUAUUAGCAACGUUGCUGCUGCUAAGGCAGCUGAAGCUUUUGAGGACCCUAGACUUGUUGGAAUGCCGCAACUUGAAGGUACUGGUGCAUUGUCAAAUACCAGAACUGCAGCUGGAGGAGGAUUUAGCAUGGGGCAAGUUGUACAAGAGGCCGAGCCGGUUUUUUCAGGUGCUCAUGAAGGGCUCUGUUUGUGCUCAUCAAGGUUGCUUUUGCCUUUGUGGGAGCUUCCUGUUAUGGUGACAAAAGGUGGCUCCAAUUCUGCUGACAUCAUGCCUGGGAAUGUAAUUAUUGUGUGCAGACUCUCUGUUGGUGCGAUGCAAGUCCUUGAAGAUAAAAUUCGCUCUUUGGAGAAGUUUCUAAGAUCUAGAAGGAAUCAGAGAAGAGGACUAUAUGGUUGUGUUGCUGGUCUUGGAGAUUUGACAGGUUCAAUUCUGUAUGGAACUGGUUCAGAUCUAGGUGCUGGUGAUAGAAGUAUGGUCCGGAACUUGUUUGGUUCUUACUCUCGAAAUGGGUCUGCUGAAGGUGGUACAUCUAAUAAAAGGCAACGGCUUCCAUAUAGUCCUACAGAGCUAGCUGCCAUGGAGGUAAGAGCAAUGGAGUGUAUCAGGCAGCUGCUCCUUAGAUGCGCUGAAGCUCUAUUUCUGCUGCAACUCCUUUCACAGCAUCAUUUAGCGCGCUUGGUUCAGAAUUUUGAUGGUAAUAUGCAACAGGCAUUGGUUCAGUUGACAUUCCAUCAGCUCGUCUCCUCUGAGGAUGGUGAUCGGCUUGCAACAAGGCUCAUAUCUGCUUUAAUGGAGUACUAUACCGGUCCCGAUGGCAGGGGAACAGUAGACGAUAUCAGUGCUAGACUUCGAGAAGGGUGUCCGAGUUAUUUCAAGGAAUCAGAUUAUAAAUUUUACUUAGCUGUGGAAUGUCUUGAAAGAGCUGCUGUAACUUCUGAUACUGAGGAGAGAGAAAAUCUUGCUAGAGAAGCCUUUGAUUACUUGAACAAAGUUCCAGAGGCUGCAGACUUGCAGACUGUCUGCAGGCGUUUUGCAGACUUGAGAUUUUAUGAAGCUGUGGUUCGGUUGCCUCUGCAAAAGGCCCAGGCCCUUGACCCGGCUGGUGAUGCUUUUAAUGAGCAGAUAGAUGCAGGGGUUAGAGAACAUGCUCUUGCCCAGCGUGAGCAGUGUUAUGAGAUUGUCAUAAGUGCUAUGCAUGCUCUAAAAGGUGAAACUUCAAAAAGGGAAUUUGGUUCUCCCAUCAGACCUGCUGCGCAAUCGGCCCUUGAUCCUGGGUCUCGGGAAAAAUAUAUUUGCCAGAUUAUUCAACUUGGUGUCCAAUCAUCUGAUAGACUAUUUCACGAGUAUUUAUAUCGAGCAUUAGUUGAUUUGGGCCUUGAAAAUGAAUUGCUGGAGUAUGGUGGCCCUGACUUGGUGCCAUUUCUCCAGAAUGCUGGGCGUGAACCUGUACCCCAGGUUCAGGCUGUUUCUGCAUUGUCUGCAGCAACUUCUCCAAUGGGUCAUUCAGGAGCGCAUAUUCCAUCCAAUCAAGCAAAAUAUUUUGAACUACUGGCGCAAUAUUAUGUCUUGAAGAGGCAGCAUGCUCUUGCUGCUCAUGUGCUGCUGAGAUUGGCAGAAAGGCGGUCUGUCGAUAGGGGGGAUGUCCCCACACUUGAGCAGAGGCGGCAAUACCUGAGUAAUGCAGUUCUGCAGGCAAAGAAUGCAAGCAACAAUGAUGGCCUACUUGGUGCUAAUGCUUUUGAUGAUGGACUGCUGGAUUUGCUUGAAGGGAAGCUUGCUGUUCUUCGAUUUCAAAUAAAGAUCAAAGAGGAAUUGGAGGCUAUAGCCUUUAACUUAGAGGCAUCUCCUAGCAUAUCUGAGUCUGCUCCAAAUGACUCAUCUCCAGAUGGCAGCCGUGCUGCUGAUGCCAAUUUUGUGAACUCUAUACGUGAAAAGGUCAAAGAGUUAUCAUUAGAUUUAAAGAGCAUCACCCAACUAUAUAAUGAAUAUGCAGUUCCAUUUGAGCUCUGGGAGAUAUGUCUGGAAAUGCUGUACUUUGCAAGCUAUUCUGGUGAUGCUGACAGUAGCAUUGUGAGGGAGACAUGGGCAAGACUUAUUGAUCAAGCUCUUUCGCGGUGUGGUAUUGCUGAGGCUUCUGCAGUGUUGAAGAGGGUCGGUUCUCAUGUUUAUCCUGGAGAUGGAGCUGUUCUACCUUUAGAUACAUUGUGUCUUCACCUUGAGAAGGCUGCACUGGAGCGAUUGGUUUCAGGGGUUGAAUCUGUUGGCGAUGAAGAUGUCCCAAUGGCCCUUCUUGCUGCCUGCAAGGGUGCAGUAGAACCUGUCUUAAAUACUUAUGAUCAGCUGUUAUCAAAUGGAGGAAUUUUGCCAUCGCCAAAUCUAAGAUUGCGUCUUCUUCGCUCAGUGCUUGUGGUACUGCGUGAGUGGGCAAUGUCCGUAUUUGCACAGAGAAUGAACACAAGUACUACUGGAGCAUCUCUCAUUCUCGGUGGAACAUUCUCACUGGAACAAACAACAGUAUUCAACCAGGGGGUUCGAGAUAAGAUCACAAGUGCCGCAAACAGGUAUAUGACUGAAGUGCGCAGGCUGGCCCUUCCCCAGAGCCAAACGGAAGCUGUCUACCGAGGUUUCCGGGAACUUGAAGAGUCACUUUUAAGCCCUCUUUCUUUUGACCGAUUCUAAUUGUCUCGUCUUAUUACACAUCCGGCUAAUGAAAUGCUUGUUUGAGAUGUUUGCUAUGAAAUAAAAUUAUCUUGUUUUUUUUUUUUG